UCCGGAACUACCAAGACGUAUGGGAAUAAUUAAUAAUGCGAAAAAGUUUGAUGCGGAUUUCUUCGACUUUCCUUUUGAGCAAGCGCAAACAUUUGUACCUGAAAUAAAAAUAUUAUUGGAACAUUCUUAUGAGGCAAUUAUAGAUGCGGGGAUCAAUCCGAAGCAAUUGCGAGGAAAAAAUACCGCCGUGAUCAUAGGGAACACCUUGUGUGAAACGCAACUUAACUUGAUGUAUACGGAUCUUAAGCUAAAUGGUCUGAAUAUUACUGGAUGUUCAAAAUCUUCACUGGCAAACAUGAUUUCGCACCAUUUUGACCUGAAAGGACCAUCACAAGUAGUCGAUACAGCAUGCAGCUCUAGUCUUUAUGCCAUAAACAUUGGUUAUCGUUGUAUUAUGUCGGGCCAAUGCGAAGAUGCGAUAAUUGGAGCUGCACAAAUAAAUAUUAAUUCAAUUAUAAAUAUGAACUUCUUUCGUUUAGGUGUUUGGUCACCGAAUGGUGAAUCCAGACCUUUCGAUAAAGCUGCAAACGGUUAUGUACGCAGCGAAACGGUGUCAGUGAUAUAUCUUCAAAAAGCAAAGAAUGCGAAAAGGAUUUACGCUAUCAUUCCGAAUAUUAAAACAAACUACGAUGGUUAUAAAGAAGAAGGAGUAACAUAUCCGUCGUCCCAGAUGCAAACUACUUUGCUAUCUGAAUUUUAUGAUGAGUGCGGAAUACCGACAUCUUGCGUGGAUUACAUUGAAGCACAUGGUACUGGUACCAAAGUCGGCGAUCCUCAGGAAGUCAAUGCUCUUCAUAAGGUUUUUUGCAAGAAUAGAGAAACUCCUUUAAUGAUUGGCUCCGUAAAAUCCAAUCUUGGUCAUGCUGAAGCUGCAAGUGGUUUUACUCAGCUUGCUAAGGUAAUAAUUGCAUUCGAAACCGGUAUUGUUCCACCACAUAUCAAUUACACAUCACCACGAGAUAAUAUAGACAGCAUAAAAAAUGGAGCUAUCUGUGUCGUUACAAAUCCAAUGCCACUUAAAAAUGGUUACAUAGGUAUUAGUUCUUUCGGUUUCGGGGGAGCUAAUGCUCACAUGUUAGUAAAGUGGAACCCCAAACAAAAACUUGACAAUAAUGCGCCUAAUGAUGACCUGCCAAAACUUGUAUUAUUAUCUGGACGCACGGAAGACUCA